AGGGCGAGGGAGGGGAGGGGGGAAUGGGAGGCGAAGGAGGAGGAGGAAGAGGAGGUGGCGGAGCAGGCGGACGCGGGAGUGAGCGGGCGGGCGCCAGCGCUGGUCGCCACCAAGUGGCUCACCGCACCUUGAGAGCCUUGGAGUUCUUCUUCAGGAGCCGGAUUGGGCCAGGCGUCACCUCUGAAGGGCAUCUCGUCCGUGUCCAUGUGGCCCAGGAAGUCGUCGAUGCCCAUGGGCAUGGCAGGCGGAGGGGCUUCCACGCCCGUGGACGUCUUCUCCCGCACGUUGGACACGCCCUUGGACUUGGCCAUGUUGAUGGUGAUGUCCUCAUCCUCGGUGGGGAUGGGGAUCGACUGGACGAUGCUGACGACCAUCCCCUCGUAGAGCUCCUCGGCAGGCUUCACCCAGAACGUUGCGCGGCUCUUCAUCUUGACCAGCUGAUAUGAGGAGACCUUGCCCGCGCUCGAAGCUACCACCGAGCCAGCCUCCCGGAACUUGAGGCCGUCUCCCUGGAACGGGCCGUACUCGGCGAAUCGCGAGUUGAGCACAGCCUGCCCCUUUGUGCGGCGCAUAAGCACGCCGUUCAUGCCGAUCAAGUUACGAGUGGGAAUCUUGAAGGACAUGAUCAUGCUAUUCUCCCCGGCGCCCGCCUCCAUGUUGACGACCUCGGCGUUCUUCUUCUGCAUCUCCUCCAUGACGGUGCCCUGAUACUCGGUGGGCGUAUCGACCACCACGUCUUCGUAUGGCUCGAGCUUCUCGCCCGUCUCUGGGUCGGUGAUCGUGAUGACCUCUGGCGGCCCGAUCAUGACCUCGAAGCCCUCGCGCCUCAAGUUCUCGAUGAGGAUCCCGAGCUGCAGGAUGCCGCGCGCCUUGACCCUGAAGGAAUCGGCGUUGCUUCCCGGCUCGACGCGCAUGGCCAGGUUGGUCAUGGUCUCCUUUGAAGGGGCGAUUCUUGAUGUGCGUGCUGGUCCUCCAGAGGGUCUCCUUCAGCUGCCCCGAGAAGGGCGAAGAGUUGAUCCCGAACUCCAUAACGACCGUAGGCUCCUCCACGAUGAUGGGCGGCAGAGCCAUGGGGUUCGCAGGAUCCACCACGGUGUCACCGAUAGUCACGUCGUCCAUGCCGGAGAAGGCGCAGAUGUCGCCGGCUGCGACCUCGUCGACGACUCUCCUCUCGUUGUUGUGGAAGUCCCAGAGCUUGCUGACCUUCGCCCGUCUCACCUCGCCCUCGGGGCCGAACAUGAAGCCGAGCUCCUGGCCGACCACGAGGCUGCCGGAGAUGACGCGGCCGAUGGAGAUGCGCCCGAUGAAGGGGUCGAAGUCCAGGUUCGAGACGAGCAUCUGCAGGGGCGCCUGGGCGUCGACCUUGGGCCUGGGGCACUCCUCCAGGAUCUGGUCGAGGAGCGGGGACAGGUCCUCCCGAGUCUGGGCCAUCCAAAGAGGCCACGCCCAGGAAGCCCGAGGCAUAGCAGACCGGAAAGUCGCAGAUCUCGUCGCAGGCGCCAAGGUCGCUGAACAGGUCGAAAGUGGUGUCGAGCACCCAGUCGCAGCGUGCUGCAGGCUUAUCGACCUUGUUGAUGCAAACCAUGACCUUGCGACCAAGCUUCAGCGCCUGCUUCAGCACAAACUUGGUCUGAGGCAUUGGACCUUCCUGCGCGUCUACGAGGAGGAGGCAAGCAUCCGCCAUGUUCAGAAUCCGCUCGACCUCGCCGCCGAAGUCGGCGUGCCCAGGAGUGUCGAUGAUGUUGAUCUUGACGCCUUUCCAAUCAACCGACGCGUUCUUCGCAAGGAUGGUGAUGCCCCGCUCCGACUCGAUCUGGUCACUGUCCAUGGAUCCAAUGCCGUCAUCCUCCGAGGUCUGGGCCAUGAGCGCGUUCGUCAGCGUGGUCUUGCCGUGAUCGACGUGCGCGAUGAUGGCAAUGUUGCGGAUGUCUUCACGCUCGAUGAUCUCGCCCACGGUGGCCUUAUCGGCUACCGCAGUCGCACAGAGGGCGAU